AUGUAUACAGUGCCGCCUAGGGAUACGGAGCGAUACUGCCUAAGGAUACUCCUACUCAACACAAAAGGGAAAACUUCUUUUGAAGACUUGCGAGCUGUCGAUGGGGUCACUUAUGAUACAUACACCGAAGCAGCAAAGGAUUUUACGACGACAGAUACUACCGACAGAGCCUUCAAGAAGUAGCUCACUACCAGUCUGCAGCCGCGAUGAGAAGCUUUUUCGCCUGUCUGCUCUGCUUCUGCGGGAUAGUACAGGCACAAGAUUUGUGGGACGAAUUCUCUGAUAUGAUGUCGGACGACUACGUGUAUCAGGGGUUUGACGGACAACAUGCUGUCGUUUUGGCGUAUUUCGACGUCUAUGGGCAGAGACUGGAGGAAGGUCAUUCGUCCUCCUACAGCGGAAAGGCCAGUUGUAUUGGCACUUCCAUUCGAUUACGCAAGUUUUGAGUGAAGCGGAUUGCAGCAGUACGAAAUCUGAAUACGAAGCAAAGGGAUGCGGCGGACGUUAUUUUGCCGCUUUGUACAGAGCUGAAAACUGAUGCAUCUUCAUAGACGGCCCUGGCGGUAGCGCCAAGACAUAUCUUUACAGCACUGUAUACGGCAUAGCUGUUGGAAGGAGACACCGAGUGCUGUGUGUAGCCUGGACCGGCAUAGCGGCCAAAUUGCUUCCAGGGGGACGCAGCGUGAACUCUGUUUUCAAAUUAAAUAUAAAUGACGGCAAUCGAACUUCUUCAAUGAGACUUCAACAAAAAGAAGCACAGCAGCUUAGGGAAACUGGCAUGGUCGUCUGGGAUGAAAUUUCCAUGACCUCAGAAAGCGCCCUUGAAGCUGUUGAUUGUCUUUUGAGCGAUAUAAUGCAAACAGAAGCACCUUUGGCGGCAAAGUGAUGGUUAUUGGGGGUGACUUUCAGCAGAUUUUGCCAGUUGUUGAACACGGCCAACGUAUAGAUAUUGCAGAAGCCUGCGUUUUGAAGUCUCCUCUUCGGCAAUUGUUCUCCAUUCAUCAACUCGAAAUAAAUAUGAGAGCUCGCACUGCUGGCAGCAAUUGGCAUGAUUAUCUUCUCAGAAUCGGUAGCGGGGAAUCGAACGACGAAGGAGGUCGCACCGCUAUUCCAGAUGAGAUGAUGUGUACGACGGAUAUAGUCACCGAAAUUUUCGGUGACGUGCUAGACCCGUCGACCAUCGCGAACCUCUGUGAAAGCGCGGUUUUGGCGCUGAAAAAUGUACAUGUGCAGCGCUUGAACCAGGAUGCUCUGCAACGUCUUAUCGUCGACCCAGCGCAUGAUGAACGCAUUUACAAAAGCGUCGACGAAGCCAUUUAUCCAGAAGGUCAGUCGAGACAGCAGUACCAGUUGGAGUACCUUAAUUCUCUCACACCCACGGGAAUGCCUCCACACGAACUGCACCUGGAAAAAGGCGCGAUAAUUAUGCUGCUCAGAAAUUUGGACGUUGCUAACGGAUUGUGCAGUGGAACGCGCCUGAAGGUUGAAACGUUUGGACAUUUUACAUUACGUUGCAGAUUUAAUUGUGGAGAAAGGAAUAACCAGCUGGCGAUAAUUCCAAGGAUAGACAACUGCUGGGGUCAGAGGAUUCCCUUAAGGCUUUGUCGUCACCAGUUCCCAAUGCGCAUAGCUUUUGCAAUGACGACCAAUAAACCUCAAGGACAAUCGUUCAACAAAGUGGGCGUGUUUCUUCCAGGAGACUUCUUUUCCCAUGGCCAACUCUACGUUGCGCUUUCCCGUGCGAGAAGGCCUGAUGGAAUCAAAGUGAAGGCCUGCUCGAAUAACUUAAAAAACAUAGUAUUCAGGGAAGUUUUGCAGUGA